GACUCUGACGGUAGAGGCGUCGACCUUCCUCUUUUUUUUUUUUUUGGUAAGAAGCGUCGACCUUCCUCUAAUCCCAGGCAAACGGCUAGAUCAGAACCGAGAUGUAUCUGGCGGCUACGAUUGAGGCCUCCAUCCCCCACCGUUCCUUCUUUCUUCCUCUGCCGGGGUUACCAGUCCUCCUCUCGUCUCUUCUUUCUUCCGACGCCGGCGCCAGCUGCGGAUUGGGCGUCUAUUGGAUGAUGGAAGCGACGACGGCGGGGGAGAGGAAAGGGACCAUGGUGUCCAGCUCCCGCUCCAACGGAUUGGCUUCCUCGAUAAUCGAGAUGAGUUCGUCGAAUACGGAAGUUUCCGAGAGGGGAUCAGUUGCGACGGCGUGGAAGCAGCGGAUCCGAUAAGAGAUUCGAUGGAGCAGAAGCUGGAGAUGCAUUAGUUCUUUCUUGUUGGAAGAAUCCUUUAGAGAAAAAUGUUUCGAUUGAUAGCAGAGUCAUUAGGGAAAGGAAUGGAAAGGUUCAUUUCUACGGUUUAUGGCUUGUUGCGAUGUCAGCUGUUCUGUUUAUUUGGCUACAGACCACAGUUUUGAGUUGACUACCGCUUUGUCAGUUUUGACUUAUGGAUUGCUAUUCCUAGAUGAUUCUUUUAACUUGUUUUCUGUACCAUUGUGGGGAUUUCUGUGAUAUUAAAGUAAAGCUAAGUCCAUACG